AUGGAGAAAGUACCACCCACCCCCGUUCCCGUCUACGACCAACAGCCCGAAUUUUACCACCACCAGCCAACCGCUCCUCCAAAUGCGCACGUCCAGUCUCCAGUACAAGAUCCCCACGUCAUGGCGGCACCGCAGCCAUAUUACCAUCCUCCCGCCGGUCACCCAAGUGGAUAUAACUCUGCAACUCCCUUACAUGCUCUACAACGGGGCCCUACCCCGGUUGAUUGCCCAAUCUGCGGAGUCCGUGAGAUGACCAGAACCGAGGCAGAGUCAGGAAACACAACGCAUGGUUGGGCUGCGGUGAUUUGCUGUUGUUUCUGUCUGGGAUGUAUCCCAUACCUGAUGUCCUCUCUGAAAGACUACAACCAUUACUGCGGCCAGUGUGGCACAAUGUUGGCCACAUGGCAUAACAGUGGAAGAGUCGAGGUGCAUCAGAACGUGAGGCAAUGA